CAAUCCAGUUGUCGACUAAUUGGGUAAUAUUUCCGUUAAUCAUCAACGAGAAAAUAAUUAGUUUUAAAAAUUACAUGAAUACAUAAUGAAUGAUGUUUAUUUAUAAUUAGAGACUGAAUCGAUUUUUGAACAUUUUGCUCAGUAUCAAAAAUAUUUCUAAGAAAAAUGUCAUCAAAUUGUCGUGCAGCAGUUAUCAGCGGUCCAUCAGGGGGAGGAAAAUCUACUCUCUUAACCAAGUUAAUGGGAGAAUAUCCAAACAGUUUUGCCUUCAGUGUUUCCCAUACAACAAGAAAACCACGACCAGGUGAAUCUGAUGGAAAAGAUUACCAUUUUGUACAGAAGGAGAAAUUUGGUGAAAUGAUUUCCAACCAGGAAUUUUUAGAACAUGCAGAGUUUUCAGGCAAUAUGUAUGGGACCAGUAAAAAAUCAGUGAAUGAUAUCCAGAAAUCUGGUAAAAUCUGUAUUUUAGAAGUAGAAAUUACUGGGGUUAAAAGUAUAAAAAAAUCCGAUUUACAGCCAACACCAAGAUAUAUCUUUAUUAAACCACCAAGUCUAGAUAUAUUGAAGAGUAGAUUAGAAGGUAGAGGAACUGAAACACCAGAAAGUUUACAAAAACGACUUGAUACAGCAGCCGAAGCUUUAGACUACGCUGGUAAAGACGGUGUCUAUGAUUAUAUUAUCAUCAACGAUAGUCUAGAAGAUGCUUAUAAAAUAUUUAAAAAUAUUUUUAAGCAAGAUCUGAAAUCGUUACAGUGAAGACGUUCCACAUCAGCACAUGGUUACUUAUAUUGCUCACUUUAUUAGAGGGACUACUUUAUUUUGUGUUCUUAAACUUGGUAGCGAGUUCACCGUUUGUCACCAGAAAUAUCCAUACACCACCACAUCACCAGUAAAAAACCAACAUUACCUCAUGUUGAUCAUUUUACAUUGACGUUCCAUUUCUCUCAUAAUAGUCAAAUAACAUCAGGUUUAUUUAUCGCUGUGAUAAACCAGGCGCGUGUUCAGAGCGUAUUUUAUUCCUCCAACAUUCAUCGAAAUAAUGUCUAAUGAAACAAGAUGUGAACAAGCAGAAAUCUUGUUUUUGAACAUCUGAUUUAUAAAAUUUUUGUGUAAUGCCCCAGACCCCAAACUCACCCCUGCUAAAGUCAGGAUAUUAAAGGAACUAAAUCUAUAUUCUUUGGCAACAAGAAAUAAACAUAAACGAGUUGUGUUGAACGCAUAUAAUAAUGUAAUAUGAAUGUAUAUGAACUGAUUUACAUUCAAUCAUUUUUGUUUUUACCCUAAUUUCCAAUCAGUUAUGUUCGGCAAAAAAUAUGUGAGGAGUCCAAAUUAAAUGGUAUUCUUUGAUGUCUGGUUAUUCAUGUCUACACCAGUAGUAUUCUGUGGGAUAUGUUUAGCCUCAUUCAUCAAGUUGCUUCAUUACAAAUGAUGCUCGAAAGCAUUCUGGUACGCAGCUUGUGUGCCAGUUUUAAAAUUUACAUUUUGUCUUAAGUAUUAGAUAUCAGAAGCCCAUCUUUUCACAGUAAAUUAUCAACAUCAAUGUUGAUUUUAAUUGACUAUUUAGUCAUCUUUACAAUGUCAUAGACUGUGGAUGAUAUUGAGUUGCCUCCUUUAAUACGUAUAACAUGUUAGUGAUGUUGAUAGAUAUGUCUAAUAUUACAAUAAUCAUUCAAUCAACACAGAAAUUGGUACAGUACCAUUCGUUCUGUCCGUGUCACAUGUCUUAUAAAUUACUGUAGUAGAGACAGAAGUAAGGAACACAAACCUCUUUUCAAAAACCAGAUCAUUUAUUUCACAUUUCUGGAAAAAUCAUGUAUUUUUUAACACGUUAGUUAGAAUAAGUAGUGUUUUUAUAUAUUUUUAUACUUGAUAGGAUAAACCUUGAGUUAAAUAUUAUAAAUGGUAAUUCACAAUCGAAUUUUGUAUCGUACAAUAGCAAGCUGGUGAUCAUGGCUGUCAUAUAUUUAUCUACUCUGUCGUCUGCUUGAUUUGCAUGUUGGGGGCACGCGUUAAAAUAGCGCCACGCCAUCUUACGUGGACUACGUCAUUGUUCUAGACCAUCACUUCUCUGUGCUCUCUUCUAUGGUUUGUUUUCAGCAAAAAUAUGACGUUAAAACUUCCAAUCUCGAUCCAAGACAUAAAUUUACAUAUUGUUUAUCUCUGGGAAAACUCGCCGGCCAUAUGUGGUCGUUUUGAAUGUUGCUUCACAAAGAUCCAAGAUGACGCCUCACACUUGCGUUUCUUCAGAAAUUCACGCAUUUAGCCAAAUCACUCACAUUGUGCGCUAAAAAUAGUGCCCGGUAAAUCAUCAAAUCGAAUGAACUUUUGAUGUCAAGAUGUGUAACUCAUGCAAACCGAUGCCUAAAUGUUGAGAAAUAGGCAGCAUUUCAUUCUAACACAUCCUGCCAAUGAGGAACCCCUGGGCGGAGCUUAGGGACCGAUUUCACUCUGAUUAAUGGGCGGUGAUUUUUAAUGGCUUGUGGGUUUUACCAGAGAUAAACGAAGGUUCAAGUUAUCUAUAGAAUCGAGAUUAAACAUCCUGUUUAUAUCGUCUGUGAAACUCUACAGACUGAACUGAAUUGAGCCAUUUUCACACUGAUAAUCCUGUUUUGAGAUUCAUCUUCCACCAUAUUGUAGUUUGCAAGUUAUUCCCAUCCCUUAAAUAUCGAUCAGAAACUUUAAUUUUGUUAUUUCUUUUACACAACCAAAAAAGAAGAUGAAUAAUUUGGGUGAUGAAUUGAAUCUCGACUGUCCAAACUAAAACUACUACAUGUAUACCAAUAACAAUAUCUAAACCACUUUAUCAUUGUAUAAUGAAUCUCAAACAGUUGUUAAAUAUGUUGCCUAAAGUCUUCUCUUUUUCAUAUUUUUCUGUAGAUGUCUUCAGCAUGCACCAUGUUUUAGUUUUUAUUAGAUAAUCUCACAGAUCUUGGUGUAUUUUUUAUUCGAUAAUCUCACAGAUCUUGGUGUAUUUUUUAUUCGAAAAUCUCACCGAUCUUGGUGUAGUAUUUAUUCGAUGCUCUCACAGAUCUUGGUGUAUUUUUAUUUGAUAAUCUCACAGAUCUUGGUGUAGUAUUUUUUCGAUGCUCUCACAGAUCUUGGUGUAUUUUUAUUCGAUAAUCUCACGGAUCUUUGUAGACUGGUUAGAGUGUUCGCACUGUAUCAUAAGGUCUGUCAUUGAGUCAACUGGCGUGAUUUUGAUUCCCCAGUUGUAUGUGACAAGGAGUAGGGUCGCCUGUCCAUCCUCGUGGGUUUUCUCCCGGUCCUCCGGUUUCCUUCCACUGCUAAAUACAUCUACCCGCAAAUGAAUUAUUGAAAUAAAAUUGAACCAUAUGUUAGUCCUGAAAUGACCUAGUUUGUGUCGAGUGGACGUUAAUCCCCAUUUCUCUCUCUCUCUCUCUACAUGCAAGAUUUUCUGUGAGUUAUUCUAUUAUUAUUGGUUGACGAAACUUCAAUAUAAAACUAUAAUCUAUCAGCAUUACUCCUCAUACCAUUUCUUAUUCGUGAUCAUCGCAUACAGUAUAUUCAUUUAAGUACAUCACAUAGUUAAAAAAAAAAGUUUAUUCAUUUGGGUACAUCGCAUAGCUAAAAGAGUUUAUUCAUUUGGAGAUCUUGUAUAGCUAAAACAGUAUAUUCAUUUGGGGAUCUUGCAUAGUUAAAUCAGUAUAUUCAUUUGGGUACAUCGCAUAGCUUAAAGAGUUUAUUCAUUUGGGUACAUCGCAUAGCUUAAAGAUUUUAUUCAUUUGGGUACAUCGUAUAGUUAAAACAGUUUAUUCAUUUGGGUGAAUCGCAUAGCUAAAACAGUAUAUUUUGUUGUAUUCUAGGUAAUCAUAUGUUUGUAGUAAUUGUAGGUUAUUUGUUGUUAAAAAUAAAAACAUGGAUAAAACUAUAAGAAGGGUUUAGACCAACACUGGUAUUAAACCCAGGGUCUCCAGGCCAGUGAGCUAGCAUCUCACCAGCUGAGCCACCAUCUUACCAGCUGAGCCACCAUCAGGAUCGGAGACGGUCUAGCACAAAUGACGUUAUAUAUGGAUUGCUGGUUAGGGUUAGGUCUAGGGUUAGCGCUAGCCCUGUUUACAUCUCGAGACCUUGACGAAAUCUGCAGUCCUAACCCUUACCCACACUCGACACAUGACGUCAUAUGUGCCAGACCGUCUCCGAUCCUGAUGGUGGCUCAGCUGGUAAGAUGGUGGCUCAGCUGGUAAGAUGCUAGCUCACUGGCCUGGAGACCCUGGGUUUAAAAAAAACCUGUACUAAAAAACAGGACAUUUAUACUUACACAGGUCACAAUUACUGAAGAGGUUAUGACCAGGAUUAUCCAGUCAUAUUAAAACAAUUACUGAAGAGGUUAUGACCAGGAUUAUCCAGUCAUAUUAAAACAAUUGCAGUAAUUCUCAAUCUGAUUACAACACAGAUCCUAUUUCAUUCCGUUUUUUAUAGUUCAAAAUUCUGUUUUACUUGUCUUUACUACACUAGGAUCUGGAAGAGUUGUUAUAUAACCUGUGUUCUGGUUGAUGUGAGGGAUUAGCCAAUGAAACCAUCUAUUACGGCGAGUUCUUGGCGUGUGGUGCAUGGAACUGUGACAAUAAUGCUGAAUUGGGCCAACAGCCGCUCAUAUGACCCCUGACGCAAACCUUCCAAUACAACCAGUCAGAUCUUCGUGUAGUAGAGACCAUCGAAAGUACAAAAAAAAACGAAAUAUAGAUCAGUAUUUUAAUCGGAUUGAGUAAAUGUAGUCCUUCGAACUGUGACCUAGUUAAUACUUACUAUCAUUGAAACAUCAAUUGCUUGGUCAAAACGUCGCUUAGUAUUAAACUCAGUAAUUGUGUAUCCAUAAAAUUAUACCUUGUGUCAUUGAAACAAUUUAACAUUAAGACUUAUUGGCUCAGUCAUAUAUUUAACAUCAUUUAAUCACUUUGUUGACACAUUAUUUAAGACUAUCAAUUAUUAGACUAUCUGUUUAGUUGACACAUUAUUUAAGACUUUCAAUUAUUAGACUAUCUGUUAAAUUGACACAUUAUUUAAGACUAUCAAUUAUUAGACUAUCUGUUAAGUUUGAGUAUAGGUAGGCUAUUUAUUAUAUGUUAUUUGUCAUUAUAAUGUGGUCAGAUUUGUUGGUUUUGUCAAAUUAAUUUCAUGUAUCUAGAGGUUGUAAUAAAGAGGAAAAUUA